AAACGGGGGGGGGAGGGGAAGAAGCAGAGAGAGAGACAGAGACAGAGACGGAGGGAGGAGGAGGAGCGGAGCUGCGUUGCUCCAUCGCGCGGCACGUCCAUGUGUGGAGUCCAAGUCUCUCGCCUUGUUUCCGCUUUCCUUUCCACCAUUUGAGCGUCCUCUGCUUGCAGCUCAGGCUUUCUUCGCUUAGGGUUCCGGAUCAGUAUUGCAUUACGCCUCUCGCGCUGCGUGGUGUAACUCUCUGUUGCAAUUGGCGGAAAACUGUGAGGUUUAGUAUUUGUCGUCCUGUCGUCGCGUCGCAUCGCGCGGGAUUUUUUUUGUUUCGGUGGAUCUGACGUGGAGAGUGUGGUGUGAGCAUAGUAAUGCGGGAGGAGUGCAGGGAUCUGUAGGUUAGUGUUGCGACGUGGGAAGCGUGAGGUUUAGUGUUUCGACGUGGGAAGGCGAGGAGGCCGGAGCCGAGGGUAUUUGAUUGCUGGAUCUAAAGCAUGGCGUAUAAUGACGAUAAGAGCGAGGACUAUUUGUUUAAGGUGGUACUGAUAGGGGAUUCUGCUGUCGGGAAGUCGAAUCUGCUGUCCAGAUACGCGCGCAAUGAAUUCAAUUUGAACUCGAAGGCGACCAUCGGAGUGGAGUUUCAGACUCAGAGUAUGGAGAUCGAUGGGAAGGAAAUCAAGGCGCAGAUCUGGGAUACAGCUGGCCAAGAGCGGUUCAGAGCUGUGACUUCAGCUUAUUACAGAGGUGCGGUCGGUGCGCUUAUCGUGUAUGAUAUCAGCAGGAAGGGCACAUUCGACAACGUUGGUCGCUGGUUAGACGAGCUGAGAGUGCAUUCAGACGCGAGUGUUGUGGUGAUGCUUGUGGGCAACAAGUGUGAUCUGGAUAAUAUCAGGGAAGUGUCACAAGAAGAAGCCACAUUGUUAGCGCAGAACGAGAAAAUGUCGUUCAUCGAAACCUCGGCUAUGGAUGCUACGAAUGUUACCAACGCUUUCCAGUCAGUUGUGAAGGAGAUUUACAGAGUAGUCAGCAAGAAGCCACUUACGUCAUCUGUGUCUAUGAAGUCCAACACUGUUUUGGGAAGCAGCCAAAGAUUGGCAGGCAUCGACGAUAUACAGCCAAAGAGAAACUGCUGUUCAACAGGUUGACAAUUUACAUUACUCGGUGACCUUUGUGUGGACCUUCUUGCGUUACCUUAUUUUUGAAAGUCCCUGCAACUAGGAGGAACUAGAACCUUGAGGUAGAUAUUGUUUUAAUAUUAUCGAGCUAGAAACUGGAGAAGCCUUUCUUCGCUGAAUACGUAAUCUCGUUGAUUUCGUUACUUGUUGAUUUCUUUGUUCACUUGCUAGGUAAUAAAAGUGAAGUUGGAGAAGCUCUACAGUUUGGUGUGUAUUGCAUUACUAUAAUUAGUAAAACAUCAGAAUCUGAAAUCUCCUGCAAAUUCUGAGGCAUCAUUUGUAAUUUGUGAAA